UCCAAAAAACAAUAAACAACCAAAUUGCAAAUGUAAAAAAACCUGCUAUAUAUACACAUUCAGAAGGAGAUGGACAAAGUGCUUUUUCUUCUUUUAUUUCUAUAUCAACGCUUCUCUAACCCUAAGUAGUCCCUCUAUUCUUUUACACCCACAAGAACUUUGGCUAACAAAAGCCAUUCCACAACUAAACAAUUAAAGAUCUACAAAGAAGAAAUUAAAGAUGAUCCAAGAGCUGUUUGGAAGUGCUGAACUAAUAGGAGGAGAGAGAAAAAUCUCCAUUUCUGGACUUCUAGAGGGAUCAUCACCUUCUCCUUCUCCAUCUCCUUCACUUUCACCACCUUCUUCUUCCACAACCACCACUCCUACAAGCUCAUCAGCUCCCGAAAACCAAAACCUAAGGUGUCCAAGAUGCGAUUCUUCGAACACAAAGUUCUGUUACUACAACAACUAUAACCUCACUCAGCCUCGCCACUUCUGCAAGACGUGCCGACGGUAUUGGACCAAAGGAGGUGCCCUCCGUAACGUCCCCAUAGGCGGUGGCUGCCGGAAAAACAGGAACAGUGUCGUCGCUGUGUCCCCCGGAAAAUCUAGCUCCGGAAGGUUGAAGACAGUAUUGUCACCAGAGUUCGGAAAAUCAGGUCUUGUUACAGGGUUUGGCCAGGAGCUCCCAUCCAACCCCGGCAUGUGGGCUACGCCGCAGAAUUCUCAUCUGCUGUCCAUUUUGAGAGCAGCCCAAAAUCCAAACCCUAACCCUAAUCCCAUAUCAAACUCUGUUAUUGUGAAGGAGGAAGUUGGUGCAAUGAUUGGAACCCAUAUGACCCCGGAGUCUGUGGCUGCUACUGGUUCAUUAAAUACUCGAACCAUCGGAUUGGAUUUUCUUAACCAGAGUCCUUCGAUUGGUCUGUGCAGCUCUUUGUGGAGAAACAAUCACCAACAAGUUCAACAUCACCAGCAAAACCACCUCCAACACCAACAAAAUGGCUUCAUUCUUGGUGAAGUUCAAAACACAGGUAUGCAAGACCUGUACCAAAGGUUCAAAUCAUCAGCUAAUUAUUAUUCUGAUCAUUCACCACUAGUUUUGAGCAAUGUGGGUUCAUCAUCAUCGUCGUCUUCGACCAUAUUGGAGUCGAUUCCUGCUGCCGGAGGUGAAUUGGGUUACUGGAAUCUUUCGUGGUCUGAUCUAUCAACAACCAAUGGUGCAUAUCCUUGAGAACCUUUCUUCUCUUUCUUUUGUUCUUACUUCAUAAGCUAGGGUUUGUUGUGUCUGCUGUGGUCAUUUGGGUUGUGGUAUAUGAAUAUGGUACGUUGUAGCAUCAGAUUUUCUUUGUUGUCUUACCUUUCUUCCAUGUAUGUGUGACUUAUUAAGGUGUGUUUGGUUCACGAGAAUGUACCAAAGACCAAUAAGUGUUAAUUAUGGAAAGUAUAUAGGUGUUUUCGAGUGCU